AUGGCGACGGGGAAAAGCUACUACGCUCGUCCUAGCUACCGUUUCCUCGGCACCGAUCAGUCCUACUACUCCACCACCGAUUCAGGACUCGAAUUCGACGAAUCCGAUCUAUACUCCUCCGCCGGUUCCAUCCACUCAGAUUCGCCUGAUUUCCGCCGGAAAAUCUCUGCGUCAGGCAGAUCCGGGAAAAAACCGUCGAAUCGGCCUUCUGCAUGUGCCGCCGCGUCGUCCGGCGCAGUGGCGUCGUCGCUUCCGGUUAACGUCCCCGACUGGUCGAAGAUUCUCCGUGGAGAGUACCGGGAUAAUCGCCGGAGAAGCAUCGAGGAUGACGACGGCGAUUGCGAAGACGGUGGAGAUUGGUUGGACGCGAGCGGUGUGAGAUUGCCGCCGCACGAGUUUCUGGCGAAGACGAGAAUGGCGUCGUUCUCGGUGCACGAAGGAGUUGGGAGGACAUUGAAAGGAAGAGAUCUGAGUAGGGUCAGAAAUGCAAUUUUUGAGAAAAUUGGGUUCCAGGAUUAA